AAUUGGAAGUGGUGGGGGAGGAGGAGGGGCCGAUAAAGCAGGAAAUGAGUCAAGGGGCGUCGAUGGGACAGAAGGCGAGAAGACCCAGACAAUCUAUCACAUAAGCGGCGAAGACAUGGGAGAGAAUGUACACAGAGAAUCUGACACCGCCGACGGAGGAUGCUGGGGCGCCCGAUACACUCUGUGCCUCUUGAUGUUUCUGGGCAUCACGCUGAUCUACAUGACGCGGGUGUGCCUCUCCAUUGCCAUCGUUGCCAUGGCCGGCGUGACAGAAAACAAUUCCUCAACGAACGUCUGCCCUUUCCCCGCCGGCUGGAACGACACCGUGGGCGAGGAUCAGCACGGUGAGUUCGACUGGGACGAGACGACGCAGGGCCUGAUCCUGGGCUCCUUCUUCUACGGGUACGUGGGCACCAACUUCGUGGGCGGGCGGGCGGCAGAGCUCCUGGGUGGGCGCCUCGUGCUCGGGCUGGGCGUGGUCUUGUCGUCCCUCUUGACGGUGGUGUCGCCGCUGUGCGCCUACGUGUCCAAGGAGCUCUUCAUCGCCAACAGGGUGAUGCAGGGACUCGCGCAGGGCGUCACCUUCCCUACGAUUCACAUGAUGAUGGCGACUUGGAUUCCGCCCCGAGACCGAGCCAGGAUUGGGACUAUGGUCUUCUCGGGCGUGAUGAUCGGGACGGUGGUGGCCAUGUCGGGCGGAGGCCUGCUCAGCAACUCCGACUUCCUCGGCGGUUGGCCCUCCGUCUUCUACAUCUUCGGCGGCCUCGGGGCACUGUGGGGUGUCCCCUGGUUCCUCCUCGUGCACGAUCGGCCGGAGCGCCACCCGAGGAUCAGUCAGGCGGAGAUGAACUACAUCCGGAAGCAUCAGACGACUGUCAAGCGCGAAGAGAAAGUCGCCAUACCUUGGUUAGACAUUCUGAAAUCCGUCCCAUUCUGGUCCCUCAUGAUAGCUGCUUUGGGAUACAACUAUGGCUUCUACACUCUGCUCACAGAACUCCCCACUUACCUCACCAACAUCCAGCACUUAGAUAUGACGAGUAGCGGUUUCAUGUCAGCUCUGCCUUACUUGGUCAUGAUGGUUGCGACGAUCCUCUGGGGUCAGCUGAUGCAUCUUCUCUUAUCAGCUGAUAAGAUCUCGGUGCUCAUGGUCAGGAAGGUCUCCACAGCUGUUUGCAUGUACGUCCCGAUGGUGGCGCUGAUCGUCAUGUGCUUCGUGAACUGCGACUCGGCGCUGGCCCUGGCGGUGCUGUGCGUGGCGGUGGGCGCGAGCGGCACCAACUACAGCGGCGUGUCCAUCUCCGAGCAGGACAUCGCGCCCAACCUGGCCGGCACCCUCAAGGGCAUCACCAAUACUGUGGGCGCCGCGACGGGCAUCGUGGCGCCGCUGGUCACGGGCGCCAUCACGCAGGGCAAUCAAACGUUGGCUGCCUGGCGUAUUGUGUUCCUGAUUUCAGCAGCUCUGUAUUUCCUCGUCACCACCGUCUACUUGGCUUUCGCUACGGACAAGGUUCAGCCCUGGAAUUUCCCCAAAACGGAAAAGGAUUCCAGAAGGUUUUAGGUCGUGUGAUCUUUUAAAAUCUGAAAACAACGGACCCCUACGCUCCUGCACGCAAGCCACGUCCACAAAAUACACUUGUAGCCUAAGCGCGUACUCUCUGCGGACGAAGGCAAGACGGGGCGUGAAAAGGUGACUACGCUAUCUAACCGAAGACUACUGAGAGGUUGAAAUUAAUAUUAAAAUCCCAAAGCCCGAAGAAUAAUAGAGUGAACCUCUAUUAAGCCACUUUGGUCGAAGAAAUGCACAAGAGGCUGAACUACAACCAAGAAAAGACUACUCAAAUAUUGAAAUAAGUGAUUAAGUAUUAUAGCCGAAGCCUAUACACGGACUGUUACUAUAGCCAAAAAAGUAUUCAAACGGUGAACCAAUAUUAAGGUUACAAUGGCCGGGAACUACUCAACGAUUUAAUUUACUUUUAUCUAUAUCACUGCAUUUUGUACUCCUGUGAUACAUUAAAUAGCUAAUGACAAGG